AUGCCCCCAAAAACUACAAAUCGAAAAAUACGACAGAUUCUUCCUAAAACACCUGUGCCGGAGGAGAAACCUUGCAAAAAAAGUCGUAAUGCCAAAAAUGAAAGUCAUGUGUGCGAGACCUGUUCAAAGGAAUACACGCGAGUGAGUCGGUACAGGGCCCACGUGAGGCUGCAUACCGGAGAGCUGCCCUUUGCGUGCAGCUCUUGCGACAAGCGUUUUCGCUGCGCCGAGAGCCUGAAUACCCACAAGGCGGUCCAUUCCAACGAGAGGUCAUUCGCGUGCGACCAGUGCAGCAGGAAGUACAAGACCUCGCACCAGCUGCGGAAGCAUCAGCGCCUGGUGAGACUGGCUGUCUCCAGGGGUGAGCCCAAUGACCACAGCCCAGUCAAGUGCAAGCUUUGCUCCUUCCGCAUCAUGUCAAAGAGCGAGGGGCGGCGGCACGCUCGCACACACCGCAAGAAGCAGCGCCCCUACGUCUGCAGCUUCUGCAAGGCGCGCUUCGGCCAGCUAGAGGAGCUGGGGAGGCAUGAGCGAAAGCGGCAGUGCCUGGCCCCUGCUGAUGGGGAUGCACCUGCGGAAAUCGAGGACUGCCGUAAAUGCAGGAAGAUCUUUGGAGGUGGCAGUAGCAGCAACACCGACCCACAGCAGCAGCUGAAGAUGGCCUGCCGGCUACAGCACAUCCACCAAAUUCACAGCUACUCCAAAGCCCCACGCCACCAGACCUGCCACAGGUGCGGUGAGAAAUUCACAAGCGGCCGGAGCCUGGGCAGGCACCUGGCCACACACUUUGAGAUUGAUCUGUACAGGUGCAACUCCUGUCAUACAGAGUUUAAAGACAAGGCAAGCUACAAAGAACAUGACUGUUCAAAAAUGCCAAACGCUUGUGGAAAACCUAUCCUGGUGGUGAAGUUUUUGCCUCAUGUUGCAGUUCGGGAACCUGAUGUCUUCCUGCCAACAUCAAUUCUUGAAAGUGAACAAGGAGCCAUUAACUCUCAAAUCAGCCAGACUUUUGAUCUGAUGACAUCCUGA